AGUAGGACUCCUGUAACUUGUGGAGUAUUGAAGAGAUUUAACAACCAUAUCUGCUCGAUAAAAAAUUCAGUUCUCACGUCAACAAGACCCUUUUCUCUCUCAACCAUGUCUCGUCGUUCUCGUUCGUUCUCGAAGAAGAUUAUAGCGGGAGCUGCCGCUCUGGCCAUAUUAACAGGCGCCUCGAACAGUCACGCGAAACCGGCAGUCAAAAGAGAUGAAGUAGAAUCUCCGGGACCACAACAUGCCGGGGAGAUCACGACGAGCAAGUUUCUGCCGAUCGUAACGGAUCCCACCGGGGCAACGAAGUUGAUUGUCGAACAGGACUUCACCUACCCGCUGAAGCAGAUGCAUGAGCUGAUGAAGAAAACUUCGGACGCUCUUUUUUCCUUUGACUUCAUUCCCCUGUCCUUCCGUCCCUUGUACCGCUCGGAACUGAACAACUUGUCGUUGUCCACGACGACCGCGGACGGCCCGCAGUGCACCGCGGACGACUUGGCGAUUUGGUCGAAGGGCACGGGCAAGACGAACUUCAAGAGCUACAUGACCACGUGCGGGAAGCAGUGCUGGGGAGCGGAGGCUUGCGUGGCCACCUGCGUGGACAAGGAGGAGCACUACUCGCAUAUCAAAAUGAAAAAUCCCCCCUCCCCACAUCAAAACGAAAUUUCUUAUGCUGGAUUUGCGUACACAAAUCAGAUUUGUCUUGCAGUAGAGGACUGCAGGCCCAUAUCGUGCCAAUGUAGAGAGGUUCUGGCCUAGGCACUUAGCAUGAGGAACGUCUAUGCUAUAGGCGCAACAGCAUUACAAACCGCCUGCAGUAUGGGGCAAAGCCUAGGCCGUUGCUUCUUGCAAGACAGACAAGAUCUCUGGUCACAAAUCAGCAUCACAAAUUCCCUGAUUGGUGUCUUUUCGAUAUGGGGAGGGGGGUUUUUCCUUACGAUAUCGCAACCCUGCGCGACCUGCUUCGGGCAGCUGGGACAGUGCUCGCGCGACCACUGCAUGCUCCAGUGCAUGAACGGAUAUGCACUGCAAGUAUGUCUAUGUCUGGAAAGUUGGAACUUGUAAUGCUAGCUUUCCAUAAUUCCUGGGAGAUCUGUGUUGCAUGACCAACAAAUAAGUCGCAACCAUUUUUGCGAUGCGAAAACGCAGUUUCUCAUGCAAACUGCCCGUGAGAAAGCGCUAUGGAAACUUGUCAUGCUGGGAUGCUGCAUUCGGAUGUCUUUCCAGCAUCCACAUUUUAGCAUCACAAGUUUCCAGAGGACCCAGACGUAUUUGCGAUGCAUAACGGAAAUACCCCGGCGUGCGCCGCCUGUGAGCGGAAGUACUGCGUGCAACCGUUCUCGGAAUGCACGGGAAUAUCCUGUGCAAAAGUAUCGUACUCGUAUUAAUUGCAAUCAUGCAUUACAAAUUUUUUACUUAAGGUACCUCAGCAUUACAAAUUUUACUUCUCAUGCUGAGGAAAUUUGUAAUGCAUUUAUACGAGUGCGGUACUUUUGCAAUUCAUAGGGAAUCGCGGUCGAUGACAUCCCGAAGGAAAUGUAUUUGUUCAGAUGUAUUUCAAGUUCAGCAAACUUGGAUUUCUGUGUGUGUUGAUGCACAGAUAGUUCGUCAUGCCGAAUAAAGAUGAAACAAAAACCCUAUCGCAGGUUUCUCCAUGACCAUCUUUCGUCCAAGACGGGUGGCGAACAGGCAGCCGGUCUUGGCGCGGAGAUGGAGAAGAAAACGGGCCCGAAGGCGACGGACAAGAAAGAACCGGCGACGGAGCAGUGGAUCUAGGAAACGUCGGUCUGCAACGGAUUUUGGGAGGAAACAAAAGUCGAACUGAUAGUACUGUCAGUUUUAAUUCUCGUGUCCAACUUUGAUUGCCUGUAGGGGGGACACAUCGAGUUCCCAGCUGAUAUUUUUGGUAUAUCAACGUGUAUAGAAAAAUCAAGCCGAAGUUUUGCUUUUCACGAGUACGAUACGAAGAUGCCGUUGGAUAGAUUCUGACUCCUGCCAUUUUUCACGAGUACUUAAUACGGUAAUGCACUGAAUGGAAGGAGAAGGAACUCCGAAAAUGAACCCAGCAAGCACCAUACCGCCGUAAAGAGGUUGAUUCUUUCUGAAACUAAGACCCCCUGCUCGACCUUGUGUGAAAUGAAACCGUGUACGAAAAGAGACUUGGGUCGCGGAGGUCGAAAAGAAGUGCCGCCUUCUUUGUCUCACGAGUAUUACAGCAAGGGACCUGAAACUGAUUCAUGUCUUGUAUAUUUCGCGUUCUACAUAGGGAAUGCACAAAGUCCUCUCGUCGUCCGCGCUGCUACAUGCAGUCGGGCGACUGUGUUGUAAGCCGGUUCUUAUUUUUCCCUGAGGUUCCAUCUUGACAAUGGAUGGAUGAAAUACUUAGUGAAGGCUCUAUGUUGUAAAAGCUGAAGUUCUCAUUUGUGAACCGGGUGACAUUUUCCAUUGAGGAGCGAAGCCCUAGGCAAUUUGACUCCACCAUUUUCGGG